AUGGGACAGGAUCGGAGGGUGUCGGGUUUUCUCAGGGAGACCCUGAAAACGUUUACAAUGAGACGAGAUGCGGAGCGUGCGGUGUUGUUCGUGUGGACGUUGCUCGGGUGCAGUCUUGCGGUGACUGUGUUCUGGAUGCUAUACAGACAGGCAAGCCUCUUUGAAGAGAGCGCGUUUAACCUGCGGUGCAUCAACAGGGCACAGGUGCUCUCCUCUGAUCUAGUGGCUCGCUACGACCUGGCCAACAUGUACUCGGGCCUUAUUGCCACUCAGGCAGAGCUUACAGAGGAGGCUUGGGCUAAGUUCUCGGACGCAGUCGCGGGGGUUCUGAAGAACACGCUCGUGGUCUCAUGGCUUCAAGUGGUCAGGGGCCACGAGCGGGCCGCAGUAGAAGCGGAGAUCGGGAGGCGGUUUUAUACAUACGAUUUCAGUGCGAAAAAGACCCUGGAUGCGCCAGCUGCGGAGGUUUAUGUGGUCGCACGGAUGUUCUCCGAUGCGCCGCUGGUGCAGACUUACCUGGGGUACGACGUUCUGACCAACAUUCUAGAAGCAACGAUCCGCAAGGCCAUCCUCACGGGACAAGACUGCGCUGGGCCCCCGUACACACCCAUCGCGGGCGGCCGCAAGGCUUCGACGUAUUUCCCAGUCUAUGCGGACGGCUUUGACAGCGGCACGGCGACCCCCGACGAGCGGUGGGCGAACGCGCGCGGCGUGAUUGUGGGUACGCUGCCCCCCGUGGUGCACGAGGAGGCGUUUGCCAAGCUGGCGGACAUUGAGGGGAUCCUGGUGCGGGUGUAUGACGUCACGGAGGGCCUUUCGGAAAGCGCAGGGCUGCUGUACGCGUCACCUAACGACACUCUGACGAACGGCGUGACGUGGGAUUACGUGGUGGAUUACAUGCAGGGACAACGCAACUAUGAGAUCAGGUGCUUGGACCUUUCCCCCCGGUCAUGGACGUGCACCAAGCGCGCCCUAGGCUGGACCACAGUCGUGCUCGGGACAGUCGUCUCGGGGAUUGUGAUCAUUGCGCUCAUGUUCCAGGUUAUCCGCAUGGUGGAGGCCGAGAUGGACCGGGUUAAGCAGCUUAACCAGGAGCUGGUCCAGGCGAAAAGCGCGGCCGAAGCCGCGGACCGCUCCAAGAGCGCCUUUCUCGCCACGAUGUCGCACGAGAUCCGCACUCCGUGCAACGGAAUCAUCGGAAUGAACACGCUCCUGCUGGACACGCCGCUGACGCCGCUGCAGCGCGACUAUGUGCGCACGGCGCAGAUGUCGGGGGCCGCGCUUUUGUCGCUCAUCUCGGACGUGCUAGAUUUUUCUAAGAUCGAGGCGGGGCAUAUGGAGAUUGAAGACUCGGUCGAAUUCGACGUGCGCUUCGAAGCGGGCGAGACGCUCAACUCGUUUGCGGAGGCGGCACGCCAAAAGGGGUUGGAACUGAACAAGCUGGUUCAGGACUCGGUUCCCCGACAGUUAGCGGGCGACCCGAACCGGUUAAGGCAGGUUUUGAAUAACCUGUUAUCCAACGCGAUCAAGUUCACCAAACACGGAGGCAUACUGCUGUGUGUACAGGUAGGGGAUAGUGUAACAUGCGAUGGCGGCAGUCCGGUAAAUGAUGCUCAGUCGAAACAGUCCUCAGCACGUUGGAUAGACUUUGUGGAGCUAGAGACGCCUCGCAUGCAGGCCGGCGUUUCCAGCACAGCUGAAGAGGUCUUGGCAAUCAGAGAAAGGAGUCAGCAAAACUUUGAAAGCGCAAGACAAGCAGGGAACAAUUGGCUGCGGCUAGUCAUAUCAUGCGCCGACACGGGAAUAGGGAUUUCGCCUGCGGCGCAGUCCCGUCUCUUCACCCCGUUUCUGCAAGGCGAUGCCGCAACCAGCCGUCAGUAUGGGGGAACCGGAAUUGGGUUGUCGAUUAGUCAAAAGCUGGUGCACUUAAUGGGGGGGCAGGUUUCAGUGGCGACGAGCGAAGGGGUCGGGAGCACCUUCCAGUUCGAUGUGCGUGUUGGGGUCGUGGAGACGCAGAAAAGGGACAGGGAUAUGGAAGGGGUUUGUGCGACCAUCUUAGAAAGAGACCCCGUCCGGCACGAGGUUCUUGCGAGCGCUCUGCGCUGGCUGGGUUGCAGCGUCCCCCAUUUCACCCACCUCGAGCAAACCUCAAGCCACCUACUCACUCGCCCCCCCGAUAAGAAAACCGCUCUUUUCGUCACCUUAGACAACCGCUUAGAAAACGCACGAUUGCUGUCGCUCGUGCAAAACGCUCGAUCAAGAGGAGUGGCGGACGCUGUCUUUGGGUUGCUGAGCAGUCCAGACGGGGGGGUCGAAAGUGAGGCAAAGCAGGGGGGGGUUGACGCGGUGGUGUUUCGGCCGUUCCGGCGGACCGCCUUGACAGAGGCCAUGAAAGCCGCACUAUUCCGCCGGGGCGUGCGAACGGAAAGCGAAAUCCUGGCAGAAGCGGAAGUGGGCAUGGCUGGAGCGCGGGCGCUGGUUGUGGAUGACGGCAGCAUCAACCGGAAGGUGGCGACCAAGUUGCUGGAGAGCAUGGGCUGCCAGGUCGCUGCCGUUGCGUCAGGGCCGGAGGCAUUGGAAGUGAUGCGCGGCGAAGCGCCCCCCGGCGAAGGGGGCAUCGCCGUCGUUUUCAUGGACGUUCAGAUGCCGGAAAUGGACGGUUACGAAACCACGACUUUGAUUCGGUUGGACGAGGUCAAGCGCUGCCGUCAACGGCAUCGUACGGAUGACGUCACGCAAGGAACUGUCAGCGCCGCGUCAGCGGAGGCGGCGUGCGAGCGGUGCCGGGUGCCCAUCAUUGCGCUGACGGCUGACGUCAUGAAGGGCUGCCGGGAGCAGUGCAUGGCCGCCGGAAUGGACGACUACCUGCCCAAGCCGCUUCAAAAGCAGCACUUGCAGCAGAUCUUGUUGAAGUUCGUUGGCCGGAGCAGGGUUCAGAAAAAGCAGGUGGAGGGAUACCGGUUCGUCUAUUAGUAGCUAACUGCCAUGCCCAAAAUAAGGGUGCAUCUUGCAAGGCAACCGUCAUUGACACGAAGCACGAUGUUGUCGGUCUUCUGCAUACGUAGAUCAGUGAAACAACCAUUCAAAAAGUAGAGCGGUCGUCAAAGAUAAGGCGAAGUUGAUCAUUGCCCGAGUUUGUAAGAGUAGCUGGAACGCUACUCUUACAAACGGUCUGUCAACCACCAAUACGAAAAGUAAGUGCAGCCAUUAAUCUUGACAAUAAGCGUACGCUUGAAUGCUCCAGAUUGACAGCAAUCCGUAAGCUGACCGGAUGGUUCAAUUCAGGGAUUGAGUACUGGAACGUUGUACCACAAUCAGGUCUAGUAGCACAAACCAGGUACAGCUAGGUUUUAACAGACGACGCCGCAUCGUGGCGUGGCCCUUGCAGCUAGAGCUCGCUGCAAAACCUGACGUCGAAGUUGCUUGCGCA